ACAAGCUUGACUGUAGACGCGGGAGUUGAAUUCUCUGACUUCAUGCGCGACUGAGCGCAGUUGUCAGUCUCCGGGAUGGCCCUCUCAAAGUCUAGGAUUUUUUCUGUGCUGCUUGUGAUGUCAGUUUUCCUUUUACUUUUUCUUGUAACAUGGGGAGAUUAUUCAAACAAUAUCAACUUGGCUGCUGUCUCAGGAUUGAAGAGACACAAACAUGAAGUAGUGUUUGACUUCUGGGAUAUAACAGGUAACUAUAGUGCGGCAAAAACUGCUGAUUCCACAACAACAAACCCGGUGACAAAACUAAAAGUGGAUCAGAUGAGAAGCUCUACACAUGCUGCUGUGGCUGAGACUCCCAUGCCCAUCCUCUUCAAAAAAUCCUUCAGGAAGGCUCCUCGGUGGGAUUUUGAUGAUGUUUAUAACCAGGAUGCUCCACCCAGACCCUGGACAUGCGCUGAGUCUCUGCGAAACUCUGAGGACGAGAGCUUCAAAAAGGCUUUCCUUCCCAACAUACGUUUGUUUCUGCACAAGGACAACAUCAACGUGAGCGAGUGGAACCGGCUUUCACAUUUUAACAAUCCUUUUGGCUUUAUGCAGCUUCCCUAUGACGAGGUGAUGAGUGCAGUGAAGCUGAUCCCAAAGCCAAAAGAGCCACUGCUCCUUCCAAAGCCAGGCAGCGAUGGGUGUGUGCGCUGUGCUGUGGUGGGCACCGGAGGAAUCCUCAACGGUUCCAAGAUGGGGAAAGAGAUCGAUGCUCAUGACUACGUUUUCCGGGUGAACGGUGCAGUCACUAAAGGUUACGAGGAGGACGUGGGAAACAGAACUUCGGUGUACGUUCACACGGCCUACUCCAUCCAUUCGGCGACGUAUUUAUUCAAGAGGUUCGGAUACAAAGCCGCCCCUCAUGAUGAGGGUAUAAAAUACGUGAUGAUACCUGAGGGGAGGAGGGAUUACAAUUGGCUCGGUGGUCUUCUGAGAGGAGAAAAGAUUAAUAAUGGCUCAUAUAAAAACAGGAGGCCAAGAAUGUACUACUCUGGGCAGUACAACGAGUCCCGCUUCUAUGUUCUGCACCAGGAUUUCCUCAGAUACGUUCGAAACAGGUUCUUAAAGUCUCGACAUAUGAAUUCUUCAUUCUGGGCAAUAAACAGACCGACUAAUGGGGCAUUUGCUCUCUUCCUGGCUCUGCAAACCUGUGACACUGUGAGUGCGUACGGAUUCAUGACUAAGGACUACAAGAAAUACAAUAACUACUACUUUCAGAGAAAUAUGAAAAAACGUGUGGUUUUCUACAUCAAUCAUGACUAUAUCCUGGAGAUGAAGACGUGGAAAAAACUACAUGACAGCAAAAUACUGAGGCUCUAUCAAGGACCGGACUCAGAAAAAGGGACAGAAAAGCCGAAGUAGCACUGAUACUGAUACACUGAGGAUGGCGUCAAGAAUCUAGGUCAGUAUGUAACUGACAGGUUUGUCUUUCUGCGAUGUUUCUACACCUUAGUUAGACUUUCCUAGAUAUUUUAAUAUGUAUUUGACUCUCACUGAUAUAAAUGGGGUGGACAAAAUACAAGUAACACCUCUCACUACACACAGUUUAAGACCACUACAAACUACUGCCUCCAUGAACAAAAAGUUAAAUCAACACAUCCUGUAAAACAGUUUAAGAAAAACACUAUAACCUUCUGAAGGUAAGGGCUUUUGUGUCAGACUGCAUCAGUUUCAGUUAAUUGUGGCAAUUAGUUUUAAUUGAAGUUGCGUCAUUCUGAGAUAUCUAAGAUAUAUGUUUGAUAAUAUAAUAAAAAGUAUUUUAAUAAUUAAAUAAAAGGAAAUGUUAAGUAAGAGCAUGUGAAAAGAAUAAAAAAAUGUUUGAUAAGAGCUCUGAGUUUGUCCCCAUUGUUGCAUGAAGAUGUGCCACCAGUUGCAGUCCAUUUAUAGAAGAUGGGAACUGGUGUCAGUCUCACCAGCAAAAACAUGGGCUAAGGGUCACAGGCUAAAAAACAGGUUGGGUUGAUCCAGUGGGUAAUGUGUGGAAGAUUUUUGUAAUCUGCAUUCUUAAUUGUUGACAUCUGACAUUCCUAGAAAACU